UGGAAGGCCAAAACAUGAUCAGAGGGAAUGAGACCUGGACAGACUUUGUUCUCCUGGGGCUGUUCCCGGAGCUGCGGUACCUGGGCGUCCUCAUCACCUCCAUUCUCCUCAUCUACUUCAUCGCCUUCACGGGCAACACCGUCCUGGUCCUUUUGAUCUGGGCGGAUGCUCGGCUCCACACCCCCAUGUACAUACUGCUCAGUAACCUCUCUGUUAUUGAUCUGGCCUUAAUUUCCACCACAGUCCCAAAGACGGUCAUCAGCUUUUUCUCCGGGAAGGAAAACAUCUCUAAAGUUGCUUGUGGAACCCAGAUUUUCUUUUUCUUUGCCCUUGGGGGUAGUGAGUGUCUCCUCCUGACCGUCAUGGCUUAUGACCGCUAUGUGGCUGUGUGCAACCCUUUGAGAUACUCAAUUAUCAUGAACUCCGGGGUAUGUCUGUGGAUGGCCUUGGCAUCCUGGGGUGGAGGCAUCCUCAACUCCCUCAUCAACACCAUCUACACCAUGCACUUCCCAUUCUGUGGCUCCAGGGAAAUCCACCACUUCUUCUGCGAAAUGCCUGCUGUCCUGAAGCUCUCUUGCGAAGACACUGCCCUGUACGAGGCAGUGGUGUCCAGCCUCUGCAUCGUGUUUGUCCUCCUCCCCUUGGGACUCAUCAUGGCCUCCUACCUGCUCAUCUUCCUCACUGUCCUCCGAAUGAAUUCUCCAGAGGGCCAGAGGAAAGCACUGGCCACCUGUUCCUCUCAUCUGGCUGUAGUGAGCCUUUAUUAUGGGCCAGCCAUGAUUAUCUACAUGACCCCUCACUCUUUCCACACUUCUGAGCAGGACGAGAUCCUCUCCAUGAUUAACACCAUCUUCACCCCCAUGCUCAACCCUCUCAUCUACAGCCUGAGGAACAAGGAGGUGCUUGCUGCUCUGAGGAAAGCGAUAAGUCGGAGAUUCAUUUUAAACUAG